AUAUAUACACAUACACUCACAGUGACACACACACCUGCCCCGCUGCCUCUCUGUGUGUGGAUUUGCUUGGAGCAGAUGGUCCAAAAUGACCUUCUCUGGGUGGAUUCUGGCUCUCUGUCUUGUGGCUCUUGAAGGAGAAAGGCAUGCAGCACAUGCUGAGGGAGGGGCAGGCAGCGAAAGGAACUGCUCUGCAGUGCCUCCGUAUCUCCCUCCAACAGCUGUUAACACAACUUUAAGACUACUUCAGCUGAGGGCAGCCAUGAAACCCCACAAUAUCUCUGCCUACAUCAUACCUGGAACAGAUGCACACCUGAGUGAGUACAUUGCCCCUCGCGAUGCCAGGUUGGCCUGGAUGUCUGGCUUCUCUGGCUCUGCAGGUACGGCAGUUGUGACCCAGGACAAAGCAGUCUUAUGGACUGACAGUCGCUACUGGGUUCAAGCAGAGCGCCAGAUGGACUGCAAUUGGGAACUGGAACGAGAUGUCUCUAUCUCCAGCAUCACCAACUGGCUCAUCAAAGAAACAAAGGAGGGAGAUGAGGUGGGCUUUGAUCCAUUCCUCUUCUCUGUAGACACAUUUGCUGCCUACAACACCAAGCUGGCUCCAGCUAAACGGAUCCUUACGUCUAUCCCUGAUAACCUGGUGGAUGAAAUAUGGUCCGAGCGACCGUCUCUCCCUCCUGAUAGCCUCACUCGCUUACCAGAUGAAUUCAUCGAAAGGACCUGGCAAAACAAGGUGGACCAGAUACGAGGCCAGAUGAUGGACAACGCUUACAAGCCCACUGCUCUCCUGCUCUCAGCUUUGGAUGAAACAGCAUGGCUCUUUAACCUGCGUGGUAAUGACAUCCCCUUCAACCCAUUCUUUUACUCCUACACUCUGCUGACAUUUGAUAAGAUAUGGCUCUUUGUGCACACUGAGAGAGUGACAGAAGAGCUGAGGGUGUACUUGAACUCUUCCUGCGACACUUCGCACUGUGUGAAGCUGCUUAAUUAUGACUCUGUUCGCGAACAGCUGAUGGAGUACCUGGAGGAGCCCGGUGUAAGGGUGUGGGUGGGCACAGAAUACACUAACCAAGCCCUGUAUGAGCUCAUCACUCCAGAGGAGAAACUCCUGCAAAGCACUUACUCUCCAGUGCUGACCACUAAAGCGGUUAAGGACGAUACAGAGCAGAAGAUCCUUAGAGAUGCUCACAUAAGGGACGCAGUAGCGGUCAUGCAGCUCCUACACCACCUGGAAAGAGCUGUGCCUGAGGGCAGGGAGACAGAGCUCACUGCAGCAGAAUUUGUCAAUGAGUGUCGCAGCAAACAAAAGUACAGCAGGGGGCCGAGCUUUGAGACCAUUUCUGCAAGUGGACCUAAUGCUGCUCUUGCUCAUUACAGCCCAUCUGAAGAAACUGCAAGACAGCUGAGAAUGGAUGAGAUGUAUCUUGUUGACUCAGGAGGACAGUACCUCGAUGGUACAACCGACAUUACCCGCACUGUGCACUGGGGUAAACCCACUGCCUUUCAGAAGGAUGCCUUCACAAGGGUGCUGAAGGGAAACAUUGAAAUUUCAAGGACCAUCUUUCCAGCAGGGACCAAAGGUGUCAACAUCGAGAUGCUUGGCCGCAGAGCACUGUGGGAAGCUGGCCUGAAUUACGGUCACGCUACAGGUCACGGUGUGGGAAACUACUUUGGUGUUCACGAAUGGCCUGUUGGCUUUCAGUCCAAUAAUAUUCCAUUUCAAGAAGGCAUGUUUACGUCCAUUGAACCGGGUUACUAUAAGGAGAACGAUUUUGGAAUAAGAAUUGAGGAUAUUGCUCUCACUAGGCCAAUUAAAACAGAACAUGGUAAUAAUUACCUGACGUUCGAAACUGUGUCACUGGUCCCGUAUGACAGAAAGCUGAUUAACACUACAAUUCUCAGCCUUGAACAGCUCGUGUGGCUAGACUCGUACUACCGGGUCAUCCGGGAUAAAGUGGGUCCAGAACUGAAGAGUCAGGGCCUGACGGAGGUGUAUGAUUGGAUGAUAGAGAAUACAGAGCCCUUCCUAAAAGAUGGAGCCUCCGCUGUCGUCUCCUCCAUCUCACUGCUGCUACUGCUUCUGCCCAUGGCCUUAAUGUAAAACCUCCUGAGAGCAGAACUUGUGCAUCUACACCAAAGCACUCCUCCAAGCCUGUCCAAAAAACAACCGCCACCACUCCAGCCCUGCCCAGGCCACCCCACCACCUGCUGUGGAAGGUCUACAGCUUCAGUGGUGAACA